UACCGCUGAGUCACUAUGGGAAACCACGCUGGAAAGCGAGAGCUAACUGCAGAAAAAGCCAAUAAGGAUGGUGAGCUUCCCCGAGGAGAGGCUGAAAAAAAGAGAAGCGUGGGCAAACUUUCUCAGACAGCCUCGGAAGACAGUGAUGUGUUUGGGGAGGCAGAUGCGACCCAGAACAAUGGGACCUCGGCCGAGGACACGGCGGUGACAGACUCCAAGCACACAGCAGACCCAAAGAAUAACUGGCAGGGUGCCCACCCAGCUGACCCAGGGAACCGCCCCCACUUGAUCCGCCUCUUUUCCCGAGAUGCCCCGGGAAGGGAGGACAACACCUUCAAAGACAGGCCCUCAGAGUCUGACGAGCUCCAGACCAUCCAAGAAGACCCCACAGCAGCUUCCGAAGGCCUGGAUGUGAUGGCAUCACAGAAGAGACCCUCACAGCGAUCCAAGUACCUGGCCACAGCAAGUACCAUGGACCAUGCCAGGCAUGGCUUCCUCCCAAGGCACAGAGACACGGGCAUCCUUGAUUCCAUCGGGCGCUUCUUUAGCGGUGACAGGGGUGCACCCAAGCGGGGCUCUGGCAAGGUACCCUGGCUAAAGCAGAGCCGGAGCCCUCUGGCCCACAGCCGUCCUGGGCUGUGCAACUUGUACAAGGACUCACACACAUCAAGAACUACCCACUAUGGCUCCCUGCCCCAGAAGUCACAGCAUGGCCGGACCCAAGAUGAAAACCCAGUAGUCCACUUCUUCAAGAACAUUGUGACACCUCGCACACCACCUCCAUCCCAAGGAAAGGGGAGAGGCCUGUCCCUCAGCAGAUUUAGCUGGGUAGGAAGAGACGCCGAGCCCUGUUGUAUUGUUUCUCAUACCCCCUUCCCCUUCAGUCCAGGAGAUUUGGUGUUUUGUUGUGUGUUAGUAACACUAACACUGAGGUAAUAAACUACCAAGAAAGAUUCCUUGGGGGCUCUAAAUAUUUUAGACACAGAGCAAAGUUUCAAUGAAGGCUUUAAUUGGUUGAAUGGCUUGGCUUCUAAAUACUAGCGACUCUUGAUGUCUAUGCCAAUUUAAAAUGCUUACUGAUAAAUCCUAACCAAAUAUAUUGACCCCAGCUGCUGGCAGAUACUAGAUAUGGCUCUUUUCCUUGUAAAUAGCUGUCAUUUUCAGAGCUAUAUAGAUGCAUAAGCACCAGCCUGUUAGCCAGAGGGGGGGUGGGGCGCUGAGAGGUUGUUUCUCUGUGAAUAGUGCUGUACAGAGGCCAUCUGUGCCAGCCAAACAACACACAAGAGAGUGAGUGAAGGGGAAGGAAGAGAGAAACAGAGAAAGGAGAGAGAGGGAGAGAGAAGAAAGAGGGAUGGGUAGAAACAGCAGUAGGAAGAAGACAGGCAGCCGGGACACACACCUGUGAUGCCAGGACUCAAUAGGUGGAGGCAGGAGGAUUGCCAAGAGAUCAAAGUGAGCCUAUGUAGGGGCGACCACAGAGUUGCCUUGUCUCAAAAAACAAAAAUAAAAUGAGAAGAGGGAGAUGUACAAGAGGAAGGAUUGCUUGAAAGACAGCAGAUUCCAUGGAGCUCUGGCAACAUUCCAGCACUUUCUCACAUUGAACUAUGAACCGUUUGCUGGAAUGUUUUAUGUAAACGCCCAUUGGGCCUGAUUUUUUUUUUCCUCCCAUGGCAAAUCUUGAAAACUGGUGACAAUAAGGUAGGCAUCUACCUGGACCCCACCCAUGGCCUCUUCUUGUUUUUGACUUUCUGUACCACCAGCAAACAAAAUGAUAUGAAGAAUGACAUCUGUAUUUACCUUAGAAUUCUUUAGCUACUGCUAUACAUGUCUCUUAAUUUUCUAAGUCUGGGCUGUCAUGGCAUUGUACAAAGACUGGAUGUGAGGGGAUGGGAAGAGGACACUUCAUCCUGGUCCUGGGGGAUUCUUUGACCCCCUAGCAAACAGGAGAGGCCUUGGCAAAUAUCUCUGCGAUCUCUAGCUUUGGUCUGUCAAUGUCCCCUUGGGUCUCUCUUUGUCCAAAGUUCUUCCAGGUUUUCAUUGUCUGUUUUCAGGAUGGCCUUCUUGUCUGGCAUUUCAGAAACUCCCUCUUGGUCUCUCAUAUCCCUGUUGCAUGUAUCCUGACAAUGUCGAGGCUUUCCAAGAUGAAAGUGACUGAGAAGUUCUACAUUAUUGGUCUGGGCAGUUCAGCCGAAUUCAGGUCACAGAAACUCUUGGUUUGGGAGAAAAGCCAUACUCUGGGACAAAGGGACCCAUCAUUCACCAAGAGAAGCCUGUGUUCCUGCCACUUGGCUGCCUGUGUGUUCAGUGCCACACUCCUUGACAGCCACAAUCCCUCCAUGUAGUGUGCAGGAAUCCAUGUGUCCAAGAUGCUUCCAGGUGGCUCCGGCUGGCCACUAAGUAUCAUAUCCACUAAGACCUUUCCCUACCAUGUGUCCCAUCCCUUACCUCAUUGGACAGACAGACCCCUGGCAGCUAGGGGACCGCUAUCUGUCCCAAACACAGACUAAAGAGAAGGAAAUUAUAUAAGUAGCUGGAAUAGGGGAGGUUAGGUCACAUGGCCUGGGUCCUAGCUUCCAUCCUGCCUCAAGCCAGCCUACCUGGAAGAGCCUGGGAUCUUCUUGAUCCUGCCCAUAGCAUGUCUAAGAUGGCAGGUGGCUGGAUUGCAUCUCAAGAUCCUUCUUGCCUAAAGCACUUCUGUGAGUCAGCAAGGCUAGGAUGCUGAGGCUAAAGGCUGCUUCUGAUGUUGGAGCUGUUAGCAGUUAGCAGGUUGGCAACAACUGGUUUCCUAUUUCCUCUUGUCAAAACCCAAUGCAAAGUCUUGAAUUCUGCCUCAAGGGCAGAAUUCUGUGAGUCAGGGGGAGUCUUUCUGGUCAACCUCCAGGACUGCACUCUGGGGCUGGGUGAAGACCUUACCCAGAAUGCUGGUAUCACCACUCAAACCUACCUCAGGCACCCUUCUUUGUGCAUAAGCCAGUGCUGAGACCCAGAGAUACUCUACUCUGAUCCUCACUGUCCAUUGCUGCAUCCACAGGAGGUGGCCAUGCCAACAGUGUGAGGGGGCUGUGGACCAAUGGAGGCAGGAAGGGGUGCCUAUCCUCCUUAGUGGCCAGUUCCAUAAGGACACAGGUGCAAAGGUGGCACUUAGGACUCUGCCCCAUCCUGUGAAUGAAAGAGCAGUACUAACCCCACCAUGCAGGAAACUGAGGCUCCCACACCUGCCCAAGGUCAGCCACCUAGAAAGUGGGAGGAACUGCUAUCAGGUGCCACUUGCUUCCUGCACAGUGCCAGCAGCUGUGGCACCAAACAGGAGCCUGAAUCUAGGUCUCACCAUGGCCACCACAAAGAGUCUGCCCUGGACCAGAGACUGGGAAACCAGCCUUUUACUUUAGGAAAGGUAAAUCUCAUAGAGUCCAGAGAUGAUUCCUCCCAGGCCACAGAGGCAGCAGAGCACGGGUAAGCAGAAUCUGAGCUGUGUAAGACCAGCAGACACAAACUUGAGGGCCAGGUACAGGGUGACCUUCCUUGCCCUUGGACUCCAGCACCUUUGGGGGGCUCCUGGAGAUGUGAUUCCUCUGCUGAUGAGGGUGGAGGCCCAUGUUGGGAAUUUGAGAGAUAACUUGUCUUUUCCCCACAAAGAUGCCCGGGACAGAGCUCCGCAGCUGCCUGUAAAAUAGGACAUUUGUGCCUCUGCACACACAGCACCACCUGGCCCAGCCCUGAGCCCUCUGUUCUCCAGUGACACCCCUGAUGGACUUGGGGACAGGCACUUCUCCAGCCCCUCCCCAUCAGAGCUCCGUGCUGCUCUGGCUCCUGAAGGACUCACCGACGCCACCUGGUGGUUCAAAUCCUCUGGGUUAGGCCCUGGUGGCAGGUGUGAGCAGACACUGAGCUCUGGU